AUGGGGGCCGGCUUAUGGGCCCUUGCAGAUGUCAUGAGCCCACAGGGCCACUGCAACACUGACCACAUGGAGAGGGACCUCAACAUUGUGGUUCAUGUCCAGCAUUAUGAAAACAUGGAUACCAGAACCCCCAUAAAUAAUCUUCACACGACCCAGAUGAACAACGCAGUGCCCACCUCCCCUUUGCUCCAGCAGAUGGGCCAUCCACAUUCGUACCCUAGCCUGGGCCAGAUCUCCAACCCCUACGAACAGCAGCUGCCGGGCAAAGAGCUCAACAAGUACGCCUCCUUGAAGGCAGUCGGAAGUUCUGAUGGUGACUGGGCAGUGGCGACACUUAAGUCACCAAAAGGCGGUAUGAGAUGA